AAUAUAUCUAUUAGUCAUUCAUUCACACGAAAUUGAACUGGAAAAUGUAGAUAAUAUUGAUUUUCACAUAACAAAAAAUUUUUUGGUGCGGAAUUGUUUGCUUUUCUUCUCUCUCGGUGCUGCGUGAGUGUGAACAUAGAAGAAGUUUUUUUGGCAAAAACGAAAUUUCCAUGUGUUGUAAUAUCAUUUCGAGAAAGUUUGACGAGAAAAAAUUAGAUAAAACACCAGUGGCAAAAAUCAGUCCGAUAAAUUGAGAGGCAAAUAAAACGAAAAUUGAGUGAACGAGAUAGAGAAAAGGAACGAGCGAUUCAAUUUUAUUUUUUCAAUCGAAACGAAGCAUUUAUUGGUGUCGAAAAAGAAAACACGAACGAACAUUUGUUAAUAAAACCUUAAUCAUUGCAAAAAGUACAAUAACAGAUACGUCAAGAUGCCAGACAGUGACGUCGUCGUUGAAAACAAUGUAAAGUCAAAACGACCUUCAGGGUCAGCGUUCAAACAGCAACGACUUCCAGCAUGGCAGCCGAUGCUUACAGCUGGCACCGUUUUACCAUCAUUUUUCAUCAUUGGCAUUGCAUUUAUUCCCGUUGGCAUUGCGUUGCUGUUAUUUUCAAAUAGUGUUAGCGAACAUGUUAUCGAUUACACCGAAUGUAAUAGUGUCGAUCAACCAGGUAUUAAAUGUGCGAACAUUGUGUUCAAUAACACUACCACCGCUGAAGCUAAAACAUGCAAAUGUCGCAUAAAUUUCACACUGGACAAAGAUUUUAUUGGCGAUGUUUACAUGUACUAUGGCCUAACAAAUUUCUAUCAAAAUCAUCGACGAUAUGUUAAAUCACGAGACGAUGAUCAACUAUUGGGCAAACUAAGUGAGACGGAUGUGUCAUCGGAUUGUGAUCCAUUUAGUAAAACUAGUGAUGGUAGACCAAUUGCACCAUGCGGUGCCAUUGCAAAUUCAUUGUUCAACGAUACGCUCAGUAUCACUUGGAUGGAUGAAACGGGUGGUAAAUCGGUGCCAUUGGUGAAAACUGGUAUCGCAUGGCCAUCCGAUAAAGAAAUAAAAUUCCGUAACCCAGACAAUUUGACCGAAGCGCUGAAAAAGUUUGCACCACCAAUUGCAUGGUCAACGUCACUAGACAAACUCGAUUUGGAAGAUCCAAAUAAUAAUGGUUUUCAAAAUGAAGAUCUCAUUGUAUGGAUGCGAACAGCAGCAUUACCUAAUUUUCGAAAAUUAUAUCGAAAAAUCAAUAAAACCGAAUCAUAUUUUGCCGAUGGUUUGCACAAGGGAAACUAUACAUUAGACAUCGACUAUCGAUAUCCGGUGACAGCAUUUGAUGGACGCAAACAAAUGAUAUUGUCAACCACAUCAUUGAUUGGUGGUAAAAAUCCAUUUUUGGGCAUUGCAUACAUUGUUGUUGGUUGUGUGUGUCUUGUGUUAGGUGUUAUUUUACUCAUUAUUCACAUUAAAUACGCAAAAAAUACAACCGAAAUGAUAAACGUAAAUCCACGAACAUCGUACACAUAAAUAUUUUUUAUAUCGUUUUGUUUCGGUUUCUGUUUUUUAAAACAUUGCAUAUAGUAGAUCAAUUUGUGCACGGAAGCAAAAUUUAAAAUUAAAAAAACGAUAAAGAAAACAAAACUUUUAUUUUGAGGCAAUUUAAUUGUUAAAUAACUCUCCUACUCUGUAUAUGUAGUCAAAAUGAUUUCAAAUAUCAAAUAUGAGACCGAAAAUUGAAGAAAAAUAAUAUUCAGCGAAAAAAAAACGUGUCAAUUUUAAACCAAAAUGGAAUUGUUAGUAAUGAUUACUAUUGUAUUCACACAUGUAUCACAACAAUACAACAUCGAUUUUUUUUAGUAGAAUGAUAGUAUUUUUUUUUAAUUUGCGUAGUUAGCACACAUUCACACUUGAAAUGAAUGCCAACAGCUUGAUGAAAGAACUUAUUUAUGUGAAAUAUGAUGAAAACAAGUAGCCAAAAAAUAAUUGAUUUAAAUUGGAUAAUAAUAUGUCGAUGUAAGAACAAUAUAUGUACAAGACACGCAAAAAUCAACACAAGUGUAUUUGUUUUAUGAAGUGCUGUGACAACAACAAACAAACAAACAAUGACGUGAGAAGACCUUGUCAAUAUUUCAAUAUUGAAUUUUAUGGAAGUCCAUUUGAAAUUUGAUUUUUCUUUUCGGCCAAUGAAAAUAGCCUCAGAAAAUUGACUUAUUCAAGCGCAUCUUCUCAAUGUCAAUUAUAUUCUAAUUCAUUCUUUUUUAUGAUUAGAAUAAAUAAUUAAAUAAAAAUAAACAAAUUUUCAAAAUCGAAUUAAAGUUAUGAAUUAAAACCAUUUGCCUUACAAACCAAAAUCACAUUGACUGAAUGUUAUUCAACUACUUAUAUACUAUAUCAUCAUAUGUGCAUCAUUCAAUCAGAUGAUUUUAAGCAAACAAUUCAGUCAGAAUAAAACUAUUACUGUUUUUACUUAUAUAUAUAAAAAAAUAAUAAUAAUUUUAUAUUUAUAUAUGUGUACGAUGGCAGUGUCUAAUCAUAUCGGACACGCUUGAUGUUGAUGAUGAAAGGCACAAACAAAGAAAAAUAUCUUAGAUGUAAUACACAGCAUUGAUGUCCGUCUUUUUAACCCUAUCUGUUUAUUGUUGGGAAUUUAUUUCAAUUACUUAUUUAUUUUGUUAAGGAAAAGCUUUGAUUAAAUUAACAUUUCUUUUCUCUUGAGUACAGAUUCAUAUACCACACAUUAAAAAAAGCUUAUGGGUCCGUCAAUAUAUGUUCCCGGCGACAAGAUACUUAACUCAAUGUAUAAGAUUUUUAUACCGAACCAACAUCAAAUUUGAAAUGAAAAACCAUGUCGGUUUAACGCGAAGAACAUAAAUUGACUGGUCGUGAUAAGAAGAGUGAAAAGCUUUUGGAAAAAGUUGGCCUCACUAUGAAAUUUAUAUAGAUUCUGUGGCGCCGAACAAUUUUCGAUUCUUUAAAUCGUAUUCAGAAUCAUUUAGAGCUGUUAUUAGCACCGGAAAAAAAAUUAUUCCAUAAAAUAUUCUUGUAAAUGCUGCUCUUUCUUGUAUUAGACGCGGUACUUGAACAUUUUUAUGGAUUACCUUUGGUUUAUCGAUUGAAACUUCAAAUGAAAUGACAUAUCAAUUGUUGAUUUUAAAUAUUUUUCAAUAAAUUCUAAUACACAGAAA